AUGAAGGCCGCUUUCGUUCUCGCCCUUUGUGCCUCGCUGGCCAGCGCCUGGGUCGUCAUCACCCCCAUCACCAAGGAGAUGGUUGUCGACAGGUCACCAGACGACUGCUUCUUUGGUGUCGUCACGCCGCAAGGCUGCGGCCCUCUUCGCGGACCUGCCAAAUGA